UUGUAAUCAACUACUGACGAUACAGAAUUAUAACUCCAUUGGGAGUAUUGAAAUAAUUUGUUCACAGCUAGGCCUUGGGUCUGGCCUAUUUGCAAGACCGUUCAAAACUAUUGAAUAAAACGGGUAUUGAUCACCAUCCAAAUACGACUUCAUCUCUGUUAAGUAUGGCUGACGUCGUUCAACUUCAGUACGAGGAACUAGUGUUGCACCAACAUAAUAAGUUGGAUUCUUUGGGAGGGGAUAGGUUUGGAUUAUUACAUGGAUUACGAGAUGAGAGUAAGAGAAAAUAUCCAAUUUUUCAUUGUAGAGACCCCCUUCCAUUGCUUCUGGAGGCAUGUAGUCGAUGGUACCAGGUCUAGUAGUAAGAGGCUCAGAUGUUUUAAGAUCAACUAUUCGAGAGUUCCCAAAAUCACCGAUUUUUGCAACUCCAUUCUUAAGCAGGACAUUGUUGGCUGUAAGAUCACGGUGGAUGAUGGCAGGUUUCUGCUGAUGAAGGUGUUGCAGUCCUUUUGCAACAUGAAGCAACACUCGGAAUUUUUUAUCCAAGAUGACUUUCUCGUCUUGGUGGCAAAGAAAAAUCCUUUGCAGAUCGUUAUAAAUAUUAUAUACAAUUUUCAAACUGCAUUUUCUCCCCAAUUAUUUAUUGCAAUUUUGGUGAUGGCAAGAUUAAACCAUUGACAAGUAAAUACCAGAAUUGCCUUGAGGCCUUAACGAAGGAGGUGUUGGUCCAGGUGAACCAAUUGCUGAAUCUCAGUGUACACAAUUAGGCAUGCAAUAAGUGCUACACACAGAUCGUAUUACUAACCAGGAUUGUAGCUGCUUCCUGUAGCCAAUGAUGAGGAUCUACUAGAAUCUGUACCAGUGCCAGAUUGGUAUUGAAAAGAAGACACAGGUGGAGACAUCACUGUAUAGUAGAGUUACAAACCAGAGAGUGUACAGAGUGCAUUUACUUUGAGACUUACAGGAAACAAAA